CAACACCAUCAGAGGGUGUUUCCGAUGGAAUUUUUUGAUGAAAGUUUUUGAGAAUGUUCCUCAUCAAGUCUAGUUUUUGCAUAUCAAAUUUCAGCUCAAAAUUCAACCGGGAAGGCAGCUAAACAAAUUCCUGAAACAUACUGCGUUUUAUAUAUGUACAAAAUGGGACGUAAGAGAAGAGCCGCCACUUGAGUGGCGGCUUUUGUACUAUAAGAGAGGAACCGCCACUCGGAAUGGCGGCUUUUGUGAAUUAAUACAAGAGCUGCCACUUGGAGUGGCGCCUUUCCUUAAUCGUGGUUAAUUCCAGCAGUAUUUUGGAAAUUAUUCUUAACCCGACAGUAUUUCGGGAAUAAUUUAUUUAAUUAGCAUUAUUCCGGGAAAAAACUCAUAAAUUUCAGCAGAAUCAACCAAUUAAACUGAUUUCAUUUUUAGAAAAUGGGCUUUGAGAAGAAAAUCUUGAUCAAAUUUGACCGCACAACUAUACACCAAAAUGAAGCAUGGCAUAAAAAUAUGAAGAAUAGUCCAACUAUAAGAAUGGAGUUCCAAAGGACAAUAAUAUGAUCAAUUUUGUUUAAACAUAAAAGUGAUUUAAAUCAUUUUUCCUAAACCCUUAACUUGUCCAUUUGGGUGUCUUUUGUAACUGUGUCUCUUCCUCAUCAAUUGCUCUCACAGGCACCUGGCUCCAUCGCCACCUGCAUAUCAUCGCCGCCGACUUCGGCAUCGAUGCUGAUCCCUAGCACCUCUUCUUCUACUCCUUUUGUCCGAACGUGGUGUACCUGAAUUUAAUGACUAUGGCAUCAAUGCGGCACUGUGGUUGGGGCUUCGAGGCACCAACGCUAUCAGACUAACUACAAGCGGCUAGGGCAACGAUCUGAGCUUCUAGGAAGGGAAGAUUUCGUCUCGUUGAUCUGCAUCUGUUGCACGUGUGGGGGAGCUGGGGAUGGAUUGUAGGUGUGGUGCAACAGUUGCAGAGGGGUUGGUCGGGACUGUUUGGGUCUGGUUGGGCUGGAUCUGGGUAACUAGGUUGGUAGGAGGCUAAGAACAAGGGAGGGGGUGUUAGGGUUGGGUUGCUGGGGCAUGGGCUAGGGAGGGGUUGGGCUAUGUACGAGUGGGUGUAGGUGUUGGGGGCGUCGAUGUCGGAAGGCGGUUCCGGCAAGGUGUCUAGCGACAUACGACGGGAGGGGGGGGGGGGGCAGAUUUGGAUUAAAAUUAUCAUCUAUGUUACUAAUCAGUUGUGGUGGUGCCACUGUGUCCGGUGUGAUUGUUGUCGGGCAUCACUUGACCGGUGUCACUGUGGCAGCAUCACUUGGCGGUGUCACUAUGGCUGGCAGCAGUCCGUGGCCGGCAGCUUUCUCCCGCCGCCGACAAUCAAAGUGGUGUGGUGUAUGUCACUGUGUCCGUAUCACUGUAGCACGUCAUGGGGUAAUUUACUACACAUUAGUCACAUUUUUGGAAUUUAAAAGAAAAAAUCACUUUUUUUAUCUAUCAUCCAUUCACCAGCAAUAUUCAGGUGAGACCCCCUAGAUUCACAUGCUGGGGAAGAAAGAAAAAAAGGUCUUAUUUGGAGAAUCGAAGAUAUUUGAACAUAAUCUAUCAAUAGCGCAACAAUAUAAUAUUAGUAAGAAAAUGAAAAUUGUGGUAAAAAGAUGAGCAAGAAAAAUAAUUUGUAUGGCAUAAUAACUGUAUGAUGUUCUGGAAGUUCAAUUUACGAUUUUACCCCGCAUCAAAAUCACUUACUCCCAUCACCACAAGCCUAAAAGGGGUAAUGGGAGUUCAUAUGG